AUGCAACCGCUGGGUCAGGACGAAGCACCCUUCAAAACCUCCCUCAACAUCUUCAAAGAAAACUACUUUGCGGGACUGGGCGUCCCCAUGGACGGAACGAGGGGGCCUCGAUUCUUUGAAUCCCUUGGAGGGGUCCCACGCUCAUUCGUCUUCAUUGGGAAAAGCCAGUGGACCAUCCAGGUGUCAAAGAACGGCACCAUGCGAGACUUUUGUUUCGCCACGAACUUUGACCCCCGUGAAGAGCUGCCCAUCUGCCUUGUCCCAGACCUUGUCGCGCUGGGCAAGUGGGAAGUGAAUGAGAAGAUCGUGUCAAUUGCGAAGGGGUGCAAACGGGGAGCAGCCCUCAAACCUGAGAACAUCCACCUGCUCGAAGACUGUCGAUAUUUUGGAGAACGGCGGCCCGACUUGAACGAACCCGACGCCUAUCGCCCUCGCGUCCUCAGUCAGAACCUGCUCGACAAAGAGCACAAGAACGACACGGAACCAGGAGUGACCACCGAGAGACCUGUGAUAGUCGAGCCGCCCUUCAGGGACGUGUACAACAAGACGUGUCCGGCGGAUGGGAUCACUGAGCUCAUCCAACUCCUCUCCAUCCGUCUCAACCACGACUUCACGGCAGAGACGCAACUGCUCUGGCCGACGGUGCCGGAACACAUUUGGAGGACGGAAAUGCUCGACCUGGUUUAUGACAUCGCCAUGACCGUCGUGCCCGCCAACAUUGUCCCGCCACUCUACCUCAUGAUGAUGCGGGAAUUUAUGGUCCACCAUUUGUCCAACGCGUGGAAGACGAAGGGGGGUCAACCGCUCGACAUUCCGGAAUAUUUUAUCGGCAUCGUGACCUCCGACUUGGACAAAUGUGCCCAACUCUUGGACGACUCAGCUGACGUGUUUCUCGAGCAAAACUUGGAAUACUGGAUUCAACCUGGACCUAAAUCCAUGUUUGAAGCAUUUAUCCGUUGGCGCGGUGUGGACAUUGUGGUCGACACAACUUGGGUCCUAAGUAAUCUCGUGCUUGGCGUUUGUCACCAUUUGUUCAAUUAUUCGACCAACUUUUGGGCAAACUUCGUCCAUGUUUUCAACGACCUCUACCUAAAACCAGUGAUCAACGAUUGGACGUCGAGUGGGGUUGAGGACCAGUUCAUUCUCGGAGGUUUCGACUACGACUCCCAGUACGAACGCCUCGCCGCCUUUGCCACGAAUGCACUCCAACUGACUCCAAACUUCCAGCCCUUUGAUCGACCCCUGCCUCCAAGAGAAAAGAAGGAGACACGGAGACGUCGCAAGGCGUAACCCCUCCGCCACCAACCCUUCAUCAACUACAUAACCUUCCAUAUUCAGCUUGUGGAUGCAGCAUUUACAUGUAUUCAUUCAAAUCCAAUGACGAAUAAAACUCUCAAAGUU